GCUUAAUAAUUAUUUAACCCAAUCUCUCCCUAAAAGCCCUCCCCUUUAUAUGAUCACAAACACUCUCCAUUCCAUCUCAGAUCAAAAUCAAAAGAGAUUCAACAUUUGGCAAGAGAACAAACGAGCAGAAAUGGCGUCCUCCUCCAUCUGCGCCCUCCUCCUCCUCCUCGCCGCCUUCUCGUGCCACUGCCAUGCGGCGGCGGCGGCGGCGUACAGGCGGCCCCGCGCCAUCGGCGUCAACUACGGGAACCUCGGCGACGACCUCCCCACGGCGGCGCGCUCCGUCAAGCUCCUCCGCAAGGCGAACGCGGGCGCCGUCAAGCUCUACAACGCCGACCAGCGCAUCCUGCACGCCCUGGCCGGGACGGGCAUCCCGGUCUCCGUCAUGGUGCCGAACGACAUCGUCCCCUCUCUGGCCGACUCCCGCGCCGCCGCACGCAAGUGGGUGGACAACAACCUCAAGCGGCACCCCCGGGUGCGGGUGAGGUACCUGCUCGUCGGCAACGAGUUGCUCUCCUACCCCGCCCUCGCGGCGUCCACGUGGGGCAAGAUCGUGCCGGCGAUGAAGAACCUCCGCCACGCGCUCCACGCGAUCGGUCUCGGCCGCGUCAAGCUCGGGACCCCGCUCGCCAUGGACGCGCUCGCGGCGUCCUACCCGCCGUCCGCCGGCGCGUUCCGCGAGGACAUCGCCGACCCCGUCAUGCGGCCGCUGCUCGACUUCCUCAACCACACCCGCUCCUACUACUUCGUCGACGCGUACCCGUACUUCCCUUGGGCGGCCAACCAGAAGGACAUCUCGCUGGACUACGCGCUCUUCGAGGGCAAUGCGAGCAGCCACUACGUCGAUCCGGCCACGAGGCUCGCCUACACGAACCUGCUCGACCAAAUGCUCGACGCCUGCAUAGCCGCGAUGGACAAGCUGGGGUACGGCGGCGUGAAGCUGGCCAUCUCGGAGACAGGCUGGCCCAACGCCGGCGACCCGGGCCAGGCCGGCGCCAACGUGCGCAACGCCGCGCUCUACAACCGCCACCUCGCCCGUCGGAUGCACAAAAAACUCGGCACGCCGGCGCGACCGAGGUCCAAAAUGCCGGCGUUCGUCUUCGCGCUGUACAACGAGGACUUGAAGCCGGGGGCGGGCACUGAGCGGCACUGGGGGAUGUUCUACCCGAACGGUACGUGGGUGUACCAGAUUGACCUCACCGGCAGGCGGACGGCUCGCUCCUACCCGCCGCUGCCGCCGCCGGAUGACCAGACCGGCAAGCUCGAGUGGUGCGUCCUGGCCGGCGGUGGCAAGCCGUUGAAUGAGACGGCGGUGGCCCUCGCCCUGAAUUACGCGUGCGGGCAAGGGACAGGGACGUGCGCCGCCAUCCAGCCCGGCGGUGCGUGCUACGAGCCCAACACCCUCGACGCGCAUGCAAGCUACGCGAUCAAUGCGUACUGGCAGCAGUUCAAGGCGAAGGGAGGCAGUUGUUACUUCAAUGGCCUUGCAGUGAAGACUAACAAAGAUCCAAGCUAUUUAUCAUGCAAGUUCCCCAGCUAUUAGAACUUGUCGAAGAAUGAGAUGAUUGUCGAUCCACGCUUUUCAAGAGUAGGAAAGAAGGCCAUUGCCGUAAUGCCCUUUUAGUCUGUAUGCAGUCAGCACUUAUUUUCUCGCAGCUUCAGUGAUGUCUAUUAGGUUGUCUUUCGUUCUAAAGAAUUUGCCACAUGUGUGGCACUUAUUAUUUAGAAAGAAUUUUAUAGAAAAUUUGAAGGAUUUUAAUUCGUAGUAUUAUCACUUUUGUAAGUUGGUUACUCGAUUACUCCCUCUAUGAAGAAAGUGAUAUAAACGCUCUUAUAUUUC